AAAGUAUGGAAGCCUGCACAUGGAUUCCACCCGCGUGAGUACCCUGCUGUGCACGGCCGUUCAUGCGGACGGCCUUGCUUCUGGUGGAAGGGAGUGCGGAGAGCUUGGCGUCGUGCCCAUCAAGUCUCUCGCCACGUGACGUUUGGAAGACCUGCUGCAACCCCUGGCGCUACGAUGGCUUUGGUAGCGAUCAGUGCUUCACUGCAGUGCAGGGAUGGCAGGCCAGGCGCUGCUGUUCGGCGCUGGAGCCUGAGAACUUCACGUCCAGAGCAUGGAGGUCCUUGUUUCGCACUGGGCUCGGCCCCUGGAACGCCGCUGGAGCUGCAGAAGUCUUCGGCUCGUCGCUGAACUCGACGGGCUCUAUCCUCGUGGUGUAUCACAAGAGUGGCGCCACCCUAUCCUAUGCGUUGCAGAGGCUCCCUGAGCUCUUGCGGCUGCUCCUGGGCCCGGAGACCCUUCGCUGGGGCGCGCGGUGGCAGCGGCUCUUCUACACGCCCAGCAGCCCUGCAUAUCAACGGAGCCUGCUGGUGAAUCAGAACGCCCAUGGGCGGUCCAUGAUCUAUGCUGUGGCUCCUUCAGAGACAGCGGCUCCAGAGGUGACGAAGCAUGUGCUGAAAGGUCAUAAUCAUCGGCUGGUGCAUAUGGUGAGGAAACCCAGUGAUUGGAUUAUCUCUGCAUACCUUUUCCACUUGAACGAGUGGGAGGCGUGGUUCGACUUGCACGAUCCGCCGAACUGCAACAACUGCCAUCAUGGGGCUUGGAGGAGGAUCUUCAGCAAUUGUGACUUCAAGUGCUCAUACCAAGAACUGUUGCAGAACAGCACUUUGGAACAGGGAGUGGAACUGGAAAUUCACCGUAGCAGCUGGGAGAUCAUCAAGAUGUUGUACAACAUGAAAUUGUGGCACCGCGCUCCAAACACGCUGCAUCUCUCUUUGGUGCACUUCUCCAACCAUUUUGAUGCCACGGUGCAGUGUAUGCUGAUCUUUUACUUGGAGGGCCGUGCGCUUCGUGUCCCACCGGGCAGUGCGAAGAUGCAGCAGUUGCUGGUGGCCGCUCGUGCUGCGGGAAGCACGUCCAAGAAGUAUCACAUGGACCCCGAGAUCGUCCAGGGCGCGAGGCAGCAUUUGCAGAUGCUCAUGGCGAAGGAGGACUACCGCUUCCUGAGAGAUGCAGAUCUUCUCUACGAUCAGCUCAUGUUGGAAAGCCAACCACAGAGAGCGCCGACCGAGCCCCGGUUGCCCAACUUCAUGGCGGGGCGACCCAGCCGACCAGCGAACGGCGUGCGGGCGGCCGGGGCGCUGUUUCGGCGGAAGCAGGCGAAGAAGUCCCAGCUCCAAGCGGCCUCGGCGGUGCAAGCAGCCCAAGCCGUGGUGGAUGGUCUCUCGUGCUACACUGUGGAACAGCUCAUGAUGGCUUACGAUCACUGGGGACUGCCAUGGACCGGCGUGGUCUCUGAAUGGGAAUGGCAGCUUCUCGCAAGGCGGCUUCUGGGUUACGAUCAGGAUCACCUGGAUGACACUGCACUGCAUGGCAUGUGGACCUGCAUCGAUCAGCAACUCACAGGGCAUGUGGCCGCUGGCGACCUACUCCAGAUGAUGCGCGUGGGGCAGCGGAGGGUGAAAGAGCCGAGGACUCAUACCUGGCAGGAUCUGAGCAUCGACGUGCCGCACCCGGAUGAGCAUUCCAGUGCGAUGAGCGCCAAGCAGGAGAAGCUCUGGAGCGAAGCGACGUAUUGGCGCUCCGCCUGGUGGACGAGCCAUUUGCGGCAGGCGCAAGGCCUCUUGCCCAAGGUGGGUGCCUAG